CAGGUGUGCAGGCAGUAAACCUCCGUCAGCGCACAGCAGCAAGACAACCACACGCCGACAACAUGUCCGCCACCGACAACAUGAUGAGCAGGGUCGUCUUCUACGAGGACAGGAACUUCCAGGGUCGUUCCUACGAGUGCAGCAGCGACUGCGCUGACAUGUCCUCCUACCUGAGCAGGUGUCACUCCUGCAGGGUGGAGAGAGGCUGCUUCAUGGUCUACGACCGCACCAACUUCAUGGGCAACCAGUACUUCCUGAAGAGGGGCGAGUACUCCGACUACCAGAGCAUGAUGGGAAUGAGCGACUGCAUCAGGUCCUGCCGCAUGAUCCCCAUGCACCGUGGCUCCUACAGGAUGAGGAUCUACGAGAGGGAGAACUUCGGAGGCCAGAUGCACGAGCUGAUGGAGGACUGUGACAACGUCAUGGACCGUUACCGCAUGUCCAACUGCAUGUCCUGCCAUGUGAUGGACGGCCACUGGCUGAUGUACGAGCAGCCCCAGUACAGAGGCAGGAUGAUGUACAUGAGGCCCGGAGAGUACAGGAACUUCAGCAACAUGGGCAUGAGCGGCAUGAGGUGGAUGAGCAUGAGGCGCAUCAGGGACGACUACUACUAAACUCUGACACCAUAUCAAUAAAGCUAUCUUUGACCUAG